AUGAAAUCACUCUGCCUGCUAGCAAUUGUCGCCGUUGUUUCGGCUGAAGUUUACUUCAAAGAAGAAUUCAAUGACGCUUCUUGGGAGAAGAGAUGGGUCCAAUCUAAGCACAAGGAUGACUUCGGAGCAUUCAAGCUCUCCGCUGGAAAGUUCUUCGAUGUUGAGUCCCGUGAUCAAGGAAUCCAAACCAGCCAAGAUGCCAAAUUCUACUCCCGUGCCGCCAAGUUUGACAAGGAGUUCUCCAACAAAGGAAAAACUCUCGUCAUCCAAUAUACUGUCAAGCACGAGCAAGGAAUCGAUUGCGGAGGUGGAUACGUUAAGGUCAUGAGAGGAGAUGCCGAUUUGGCUGACUUCCACGGAGAGACUCCAUACAAUGUCAUGUUCGGUCCAGAUAUCUGCGGACCAACUCGCCGUGUCCACGUCAUCCUCAACUACAAGGGAGAAAACAAGCUCAUCAAGAAGGAAAUCACCUGCAAGAGCGACGAACUCACCCACCUCUACACUCUCAUCCUCAACGCCGAUAACACCUAUGAAGUUAAGAUCGACGGAGAGAGCGCCCAAACCGGAAGCCUCGAGGAGGACUGGGACCUUCUUCCAGCUAAGAAGAUCAAGGAUCCAGACGCAAAGAAACCAGAGGACUGGGACGAGCGUGAGUACAUCGAUGAUGCCGAGGACGUCAAGCCAGAGGACUGGGAGAAGCCAGAGCACAUCCCAGAUCCAGAUGCCAAGAAGCCAGAAGACUGGGAUGACGAGAUGGACGGAGAAUGGGAGCCACCAAUGAUCGACAACCCAGAAUACAAGGGAGAGUGGAAGCCAAAGCAGAUCAAGAACCCAGCUUACAAGGGCAAGUGGAUCCACCCAGAAAUUGAGAACCCAGAGUACACUCCUGAUGAUGAACUCUACCUCUACGAAAACUGGGGAGCCAUUGGAUUCGAUUUGUGGCAGGUGAAGUCUGGAACCAUCUUCGAUAACGUUCUCAUCACCGACUCUGUCGAAGAGGCUGAGGCUCAUGCCGCCGAAACCUUCGACAAGUUGAAGACCGUUGAGAAGGAAAAGAAGGAGAAGGCCGACGAGGAAGCCCGUAAGGUCGAAGAAGAGGCUCGUAAGAAGGCUGAGGAGGAGAAGGAAGCCAAGAAGGACGAUGAUGAGGAGGAGGAGAAGGAAGAGGAGGAAGGACAUGACGAGCUCUAA